AUGUCUUAAAAUAUAUUAAAAGACAUACUUGAACUGGUAUGAGUAAUAUACCACAUUUAUAAGUUAGAAGGACCCUCUUCAGACUCUUUCAAAGACUUGGAUGCCCAGCUGCUGUACAUCAAAGGUGCCAUACUCCAAAAUUUACAGAAUCAAGAUUAUCAGGAACUUGAGAAGUAAGUUUAAAAGUAUGAGAGUGAAAUCAGAAAACAUAUUAGAGUAAAUUCAUCAUUCUCAUCAUUAGACUGAACAACAAAUUAAACUCUAUUGUGAGCAACUCUAACAGCAAUUAGAACAAUUUCAAUAAAAUACUAUUAAUCAGAACCUCAUACACGUAUGACUUCAAAUUCAUUUAUUAGCAACUAAGGAAGGAAAUUGCCAUGUUAUAAGAGUAGAAAAAGCACCUACUUGAAGAGAAUACUUAUCUUAAAAAGAAGAUACAAGAAACUAAUGACACAUAGCAUCAAACCAUUUCUAGCAAAUAACCGCUAAAAUUAGUUGAUUUUAUUCGGAAACAAAAACUACCCUUUGACAAAGAAAGUUAUCUCAGUAAUACUAUUGACACCUGCUCAAUUUUAAAAAAAGAAUAGAUCAAAUUAAACUCAAAGACUAUCUCUCAAUAAAUAACUGAAUAGAAUUACGAUCAUUGCAGACAAUUCAUUAAUAAUUUCAAUAUUAUUUGCAACAAAUAAAGAAUUACAUCCAAUGCCUACAGAUAGAAGAAGAGUAUUAGCGAACACAAGCAAAUAAAACCUAAGUUAGAUUUAUCUUCUAUAAAUUGA